AUGUCGACGCCGGCUGCUGCAUCGUCGACUGUCACACCAGAGACGAGCGACGCGCUUGACAACAUUCGGAUAGGCAGAGUCGACUCAUACAAGAAAUUGGACAAGAUCGGCGUGGGGACCUUCGGCGAUGUGUGGAAAGCGCGCCACCGCCGUAGUGGCAAGAAGGUCGCCGUCAAGUCCGUGCGCGCCAGCGGAGAGUCGCUUCUGCGUGAGGCUGCGCUGCUCGCGGCGUGCACGGGGAACCCCACCGUGGUGGAGUUCCGAGAGGUGGUGCGCGGCGGGAAGACGGACAAGCUCUACCUCGUCAUGGAGUACGCCGGGCGCAGCCUGCAUUACGUCAUGGGUGCGCGCCGCCGCGACGGCCGACCAUUCACGGAGGCCGAGGCGCACCGCAUCAUGAGGCAGCUGCUGGGCGGCAUGGAGAUCAUGCACGAGCAUGGCGUCGUGCACUGCGAUCUUAAGCCAGCAAAUGUCCUCGUCGGCAAGGAGGACGGCCGGGGCCCGGUCCUGAAGAUCUGCGACCUCGGGCUCGCCAGGUCGGUGACCGUGCCAUCCCCUGACACCUCGAGGCCCGUCGUAGGCACGCUCGGGUACAUGGCGCCAGAGCAGCUGAUGGGAGACAUGGACUGCUGCAGCACACCCGUGGACAUGUGGUCGCUCGGGUGCGUCAUGGCGGAGCUUGUCUCCGGGAAGCCCAUCUUCAAGGUCGAGGUUAGCGAGUGCGAGCAUUUGGCUGAGAUCGUCCACCUCCUCGGCGUCCCCGAUGAGGUGUCGCUGAUGCCGCUAGGCGUGUCGGCCUCGACGCCGAGCCAGCUACGGGGCGCGGUGCCAGAGGAGUGCCUCUCGAUGGCUGGCUUCGACGUUCUGCGCGGCCUGCUGGAGUUCGACCCCAGGGACAGGCUCACCGCGGCGGCCGCGCUCCAGAUGCCGUGGUUCACAGUGGAGGAUGACGACGACGCUCCAUCACCUGCAACUGCAAGGGCAUGA